UUUAUAAGUACAUAAAAUGCAGACCAGAUAGCAUCGGAAGUGUUCUCUCGUUAAGACUGACAGAAGGUAUGAUGGGAACAAGACGGUCCCUGGUGGCAGCUAGCCUUCUUGGCUGUCUAGCAGUAGUGGCAGGGGUAUUUUCAGAGUGUAAUCCAGCUACAGGCAGUAUCUACGAUUUUACAGCGAUGAACAUUUUACAAACCAAGAACAUCAGUCUGUCGCAAUACAGAAACCAAGUUGUGGUCAUCACAAACGUGGCGACCUACUGAGGUUUAACAUCCUCCCAUUAUACUGGGUUUAAUGCACUAAAGAGCAAGUUUGAGAACCAAUCGUUUGAGAUUUUGGCUUUUCCUUGCAAUGAUUUCGAACUUCAACAACCAGAAGAUACAGGUACAGAAAUAUUGAACGGAAUAAAAUAUGUUCGUCCCGGGAAUGGAUACGUUCCUAAGUUCCAGAUGUUUUGGAAGGUUGACGUAAAUGGAGCCAAAGAACACCCACUCUAUACGUUCUUGAAGAAAUACUGCCCACCAGUCACAGAUAAAUUUGAGGAUAGUUUGUUCUACUCACCACUGAAGAACGAAGAUGUCCGAUGGAACUAUGAACAAUUUAUAAUCGACAAGAAUGGCAAACCUGUCUUGCGAUAUGACACUGGAACACUGCCAAUGUCAUAUGCUGAUGUCAUACAAAAAUACCUCAAUAUGUAACGUUAUAUUAUUCCAGUGUUGUUAAUUUGAAUAUUUCAUAUUUGUUUUGUUGUAUUAAAAUGUAUGAUUUGUGUUAAUGUCUUGGGUGUGGAAGAAAGUGUGAAACAACUUCAUGAAAUCUACGAGUGAAGUUGUGGAAAUGUACAACCCAUAUGUGAGAGUCAAGUGCAUUGCUCUUCAUGUGUUGGUGUAUGAUCUUCUGACACCUGUGAUAUUACAACAAUGAAACAUUUAUAGUACAACGAAUUUAUGCAAUAUGAUUAAAUAUUAACUUGUUGAU